AUGCAGGCAUUGUUUCGGAUUGGAAGGGGUAUUCCACCACCUGUUCCAGAUACUAUUUCUAGAGAUGCGCGAGAUUUCAUUCUUCAAUGUCUUCAAGUUAACCCAAAUGCUCGUCCUACUGCUGCUGAGCUCUUAGACCACCCAUUUGUGAAGAGGCCACUUCCCCCAUCCUCAGGCUCAGCGUCUCCUUACAAUCAUGUGUGGCUUCCAACUAGGCGUUCAGUAGGAUGGUUUCAGGUGUGGCAGAAGUGGGCUUGUAGGGGUAUUCCACCACCUGUUCCAGAUACUAUUUCUAGAGAUGCGCGAGAUUUCAUUCUUCAAUGUCUUCAAGUUAACCCAAAUGCUCGUCCUACUGCUGCUGAGCUCUUAGACCACCCAUUUGUGAAGAGGCCACUUCCCCCAUCCUCAGGCUCAGCGUCUCCUUACAAUCAUGGCAGGCGGAUUUAA